AUGAAUUCAAAUUCCAACAAAGAUGGGUCAAUUAUUAAAUGGAAUGACGAAAUAGAUGUAUCUUAAGAAGCAUAAACAGUUAAAAAAACAGAGAUCUAUCCAUAACGACUAAGUUUUUUAGUCAUUGAAACACAAAAUGAUGAACUUUCUUAUAGAAAUCUUUUAAAAUAUAAAUGUGCAUUAGCCAAAAGAAUCAAGAAAGCUAGAACCUGA